UUAGUGGCUUCCUACCUCUCACUUGACUUUAGAGUCGCCUAUCGGUCCGUUUGCGUGAACCACCGUGUUCUGGUAACCUGGACCCUGAGCAAAAACAGGUUAAAUAGCGUGCAGAGAUGGAUAUUCUUACCGUGCUGCCGCCCAGCUUUGGAUAUGUCAUAUUUAUUUACCUCUACAGUUGGCUUAUGUUGGGGUAUCUAGCAGUCAAGGUCGGGGCUGCGAGGAAGAAGUACGAUGUUAAGUAUCCCACUAUGUACAGUGACAAGGAGCAAGUGUUCAACUGUAUCCAGAGAGCACAUCAGAACACCCUAGAGGUGUACCCUCAGUGGCUCGUUUUCCAGACCAUUGCAGCGCUUGUCUACCCGUUGUCAGCAUCUGUGCUGGGGGCUAUUUGGGUGACCAGCAGGCUGUCCUAUGCCUGGGGGUACUACACAGGAGAUCCAUCCAAGAGGAUGAAUGGUGUCUAUGGCUACAUUGGAUACUUUGGAGUCAUCAUUCUGUCCCUGUCUGUAGCUUUGCAAUUGCUUGGUGUCUUUUAAAACGAUUCUCAUAUUUUAGUUGCUCAUCUGACUCAAGAGUUUGCUCAUUUACACUGGCUUGCAGGACAUUUUUAAAUGUAUCAGCAAUAAAGUAGCUGUAAGAUUCUUUAAAUGUUUAUUUCAAAUUACGAUGCCAAACAUUUUUAUGGACCACUAACUUUAUACUUGAUAACUUUUUAUUCCAGUAUUUGUUGUGAAUGUUUACUCCAUGUAAUCACUGACAAUAAAGUAGAUGCUGAUGCUUCGGCCUCAAAUAUGUUCUCUGUAGCCCUGUUCCCCGCAGUUGAAAGCUUUGCAGUGCGUGAAUAAUAAAGGGGUUAGCAGCGGCCAUAAAGGCCCCAUGUGACACACACGUGAUGUCCCAACCAAGCACAAACCUCCCGUUAGAUGGAGGAUACGGCAAAUGACCCUGAGAAGAUCUA